AUGAAUCCCUCACACCCAUUUUCAUCCUUACCCCAACACCCAUCUUCAUCCUCGCAAGAGGAUGACGAUGAUCUCAUUGCUAUAAUACAAUCACAACAACAAGCACUACUAAGUACGUAUGCUAACAACAAUGCUGCCAUGGCUUACUGUUUGGAGAUUAUGUCUACUCAAGCCAUCAACCCAAGUCAUGGCGGUUCAAUUUCCGGGCAUAGAGUGAUUCACCGUGACCGUGAAGAUGGUAGACUAGGCUUGUCUACUUUACAAAAAGUAACAGCAGCAUUUCGAAUUUUGGCUUAUAGAGUAGCAGCAGAUGCAACAGAUGAAUACAUCCAAAUUGGGGAAUCAACAUCAAUUGAAAGUUUGAAGAGAUUUUGCAGAGCGGUCGUAGAGGUCUUUGGACAAUGCUAUCUAAGAGCGCCCGAUGCUAAUGAUGUUGCAAGGUUGCUUGAAAUUGGUGAGAGGCGUGGCUUUCCAGGGAUGCUUGGGAGUUUAGAUUGCAUGCACUGGACUUGGAAAAACUGUCCAACAGCUUGGGCCGGCCAAUAUGCUGGGCGUAGUCGAGAACCAACUAUUGUUCUCGAGGCCGUAGCUGAUUAUGAUUUGUGGAUUUGGCAUGCACAUUUUGGUUUGCCGGGGUCGAAUAGUGAUAUUAAUGUGUUGGAGGCAUCACAUUUGUUUGCAAACAUUGCAAAUGGUACGGCACCUCCUGCUCAUUAUGUUAUUCAAGGGAAAGUGUACGAUACAGGAUAUUAUUUAGCUGAUGGGAUAUAUCCGAAAUGGUCAACCCUGGUACAAACUAUUCAUCAGCCCCUAGGACCAAAGAAAAAGUUAUUUGCAAUGAUGCAAGAAGCAUGUAGAAAGGAUGUAGAACGUGCAUUUGGGGUCCUUCAAUCAAGAUUUGCAAUAGUCAAGGGACCAGUACGUUUUUGGGAUAAACAUGUAUUGCAUGAUAUAAUGACAUCAUGCAUCAUAAUGCAUAAUAUGAUAAUGGAAGAUGAAUGUGAUGAGCAAGUCGAUAUACAAAGUUGGAGAGAAGCACCGGCUCCUAAGGUUGAUAUAUGUAGAGAUGAAAGAAUUGUCUUUGAAGAGUUUCUUGCUCGACAUAGGCAAAUAAAAAAUAAAGAAGCACAUUAUGCGCUUCGUGAUGCAUUGAUCGAGCAUAUGUGGGAACAUUAUGGUAAUUCUAUCAAUUAA